AAACACGGAAAAACUGUGGACAUGGUGGUAGCGUAGCCAGUUAGCCUGCUAGCCGGUUGAGGCUGUUUAUUAUAAUGGAAAAAUGUUCCGCGAAAGGCGAUAAUUUGUCUGUUGAUAAGGGGGGACGUGGAGGGCAUGUGGCUAAAUAAUGGGAAACGUUUUUGGGAGAAAGAGUCGACCUUCUCGUGUAACUGAACAAGACAAAGCCAUUUUGCAAUUGAAGCAGCAGAGAGAUAGGCUGAAGCAGUACCAAAAGAGAAUCACCCUACAACUGGAGAAAGAGCGACUUCUGGCAAAGCAGUUGCUAAAAGAUGGCAGGAAAGAAAAAGCACUGCUGCUUCUUAAGAAAAAACGAUAUCAAGAUCAGCUACUAGACAAGACUGAAAAUCAGAUUUCAAACCUAGAGCACAUGGUUCAAGAUAUUGAGUUCAUGCAAAUUGAGAUGAAAGUCGUCGAGGGGCUUAAGGUCGGAAACGAUUGUCUGAAGAGUAUGCACAAGCUCAUGUCGAUUGAAGAUGUGGAGAGAAUCCUGGAUGAGACCCAGGAGUCAAUUGAAUAUCAAAGGCAAAUAGAUGAAAUUCUGGCUGGAGCCCUGACGCAGGAGGAUGAGGACGCUGUUUUAGCAGAGCUGGAAGCUAUCACUCAGGUAGAAGAUGUAGCACUUCCAGAGGUCCCCACUGAGCCACUACCCGAGGUCCCAGAGGCGGCUAAAGCUGAGCCAGAGAGGAGAGAAGCAAAGAACAAGCCAGACCGAGAGAUGUUGGCAGCCUAACAGACUGUAGGCUGUCUUUGCACUGAUGGGCACUUCAAUUUCAGUAUUUCAUCCUUAAUUGUUAGAAGAUGAAGGUGCAAACAUUUUACAGGAUCAGCACUGUGUCUAUACUCUGGUUCACCGCUCACCUAAGUGUCUACAUAAAGGACAUGAAAUGUUUUAUUCCUCUAUCUGACUAUUUUUUAGAUGUUUUACACAUUCAUUCAGUUGUUCUACAUAUUAAACUGAGCUGUGACAACAA